CACUAAGAUCAAGCGAAAGUAGUCAUCGUUCUUCUUGGCACAAAGCAAUGGCUUGUCCGAAGCUCUUCUUGUCUUGUUUGUUGCUUCAGUUGAUGUUCUUGUUCCUUGUCCCUGAGGUCGCUCAUGGUCAGGGUCUCAAAGUAGGGUUUUACCAGAAGACAUGCCCAAAUGCAGAGGCCAUCGUGAAGAAGGUCAUCGGUCAAGUCAUGUCCGUCGCUCCAAGUCUCUCUGGCCCUCUCUUGAGGAUGCAUUUUCACGACUGUUUCGUUAGGGGUUGCGAAGGUUCAAUACUCUUGAACUCUUCGACCAAUCAAGCCGAGAAGGACGCGCCACCGAAUUUCAGCCUUCGCGGUUACCAGGUGAUCGAUAGAGUCAAAACGGCGUUGGAGAAGGCAUGUCCCGGCACCGUUUCGUGUGCUGACGUUUUGGCCAUCGUCGCAAGAGAUGUCGUCGUCGCGACCGGAGCACUUUCCUAUGAUGUGGAAACUGGACGAAGAGAUGGGAACGUCUCUAGUUUAAACGAGGCGCUUACAAACUUAGUACCACCUAAUGCCAACAUUACAACUCUGAAAGCAGAUUUUGCAAUGAGAGGCCUCAGUGUGAAGGACCUCGUCGUUCUAUCAGGUGGCCACACCCUUGGAACUUCACACUGCUCUUCCUUCUCCGACCGCCUCUACAACUUCACCGGAAAGGGCGACACCGACCCCAAGCUCGACUCUAACUACAUAGCAAGACUAAAGCUCAAGUGCAAGCCGAAUGACCAAACCACCCUCGUUGAGAUGGACCCAGGAAGCGUGAGGACGUUCGACAUCAAAUACUUCGAUCUGAUCCCGAAGAGAAGGGGACUCUUCACUUCGGACGCCGCACUUCUUGAUGAUAGCGAAACCAAGGCGUACAUUGACCUCCAGAUCAAGACCGGUGGAUCCACCUUCUUCAAGGACUUUGGAGUGUCAAUGGUGAACAUGGGUCGGAUCGGCGUGCUCACCGGAACGGCUGGUGAAGUCAGGAAAGUCUGUGCAAAGGUUAAUUAAAAGUCUACGAGGAGGAUGCAUGAUGAAGCAUGGAAUAAUUGGAAGUAGUCCAUUAUUGGUGUUUACUCUGUUUGUCGGUCUAUCAUUUGUUAUUUUUGUAUUAUCUGUUUGUUGCACGUUCUACGUUAGGUUCCUCUCAUUGUUUCCACGCGGCAACUAUUUAUUCAUUUGGUUUUGUUAAAUUUUCGGGUAGGCAGAUUCUUGAUUUUGAACUAUAAAAGAGGAUAUAUGUUGAAAUAUUUCACAUGUCUGACUAUAUGGUUUAUAUACUAUUUA